AUGAGAGUUCAUUGCAAGUAUUUUCACAUAUUCAGGUACCUUCUCAGUUUCUUUGCUGGAAGUAGCUUUAUUGUGAAAAAAAGCAUAAAUAUAAUGUUGACGCCAUUCUUGCUGCCUGCGUUGCUUCUUACGGCACUCGCGGCCACCGCUAAGAGCCUCACCUUGAAGCCAGAGUGCCAACCGAGUUGUGGCGGUGGCGUCGACGUCCCUUACCCAUUUGGCAUCGGCCCAGGCUGCUACCGCCCGGGCUUCGAGAUCAAGUGCAUCGGCAAUAUGACCAUUCUGGGAAACAGUACCAGCCAGUAUCAGGUGCUAAGCCUGGCCGUGACACCGCGUCCAGAGGCAAAGGUGAUGCUGCCGGUGGCAUACCGGUGCUACAGCCCCGAUGAUAAAGUCACUCACGCAUACGACGGCGGCGUGGACUUCAACUCGGCCGGUGUCUACCGCAUCUCCAACACUGGAAACGAACUCAUCAUCCUUGGCUGCAACACCCUCAUCUUUACCGCCGGCGGGCCGAGUGGCCGCCACAGAUUCGCUUACUACGCGGGAUGUGUCGCCUAUGCAAACGACUCCAAGAGCGUGCAGGACGGCGCCUGCGCCGGAGUCGGCUGUUGCCACGUCAACAUACCGCCGGGGCUGACGGACAACAGCAUGCGGUUCGCCGGCGGUGGCGUUUGGUCGCACGCCAACCAGACGUUCUGCCCCUGCGACUUCGCUUUCAUCGCGGUGAAAGACUACUACAAUUUCAGUGCGGCCGACCUCGAUAUUACGACGAUUGGCAGGAAAUUGCCGAUGCUGCUAGACUGGGCCAUGCGUGACAACGGCAGGAGUUCCCUGACGUGCGCCGAGGCGGCCAGCAUGCCUGAGUACACCUGCGUCAGCGACCACAGCGAGUGCGUCAACUCCAACAAUGGCCCCGGAUAUGUCUGCAACUGCACCGGAGGCUACGAGGGCAACCCGUAUCUUCCCAAUGGAUGUACAAAUAUAGAUGAAUGUGCACGUCCACGGGAUCAAUUUCCAUGUAAUGGUGUAUGCGAUGAUACCGAGGGUUCAUAUGAUUGCAAAUGUCCUCCCGGCUACCAUAGUAAUGGUGAUCCAAAAGAAAAUCCAUGCAAUCCAACAUUCCCACUUCAGGCGAGGAUUGCUAUAGGUAUCGGCCUAUGUGUAUUCUUCUUGGUUGUUGCGCUACUCUUGGCAUUCAUAAUGCACCAAAAGAAAAAACUUGCUGAAAAUUUUGAAAUGAACGGGGGUAACAUACUUAAAAGGGUCACAGGCCUGACCAUUUUCACAGAGAAGGAGCUAAAUAAAAUCACACAGAAUAAUUCAGAGUGUCUGGGUAAUGGAUAUUUUGGUAAAGUGUACAAAGGAACUCUACCUGAUGUAAAUGAAACAGUGGUGGCAGUUAAAUCUUUUAUCAAGGUAGAUGACGAGAGAAUAGAGGAAUUUACCGAGGAAGUGAUGAUCCAAUUGAAAAUGAACCACCCUAAUGUUCUCAAGCUCAUGGGUUGCUGCCUCCAGUUGGAUGUUCCAAUGUUGGUGUAUGAGUUUGCCGCCAAUGGGAGCCUAAGCGACAUACUCCACAUCAACAAAAGGCAAAAACUCUCGGCAGAGCUACGAUUGGAUAUCGCAAUUCGGUCUGCCAAAGGAUUAAGCUAUAUGCACUCUCAAGACAUACGGCAUGGUGAUGUAAAACCAGACAACAUACUUCUUAAUGAUAAGUUAAUACCAAAAAUAUCAGAUUUUGGGCUAUCUAAAUUGCUUAACUUGGGGGAAAAAAUUUCUCAGAAGGUGGUUGGGUGCGAGGGUUACAUGGACCCGGUGUUCAGGAACACGGGCCUAUUAACACCAAAGAGUGAUGUCUACAGCUUUGGAGUUGUUCUCCUGGAACUCAUAUCUAGGAAACAACUAGUAUAUGGUCAAAGCGGUAGCCUCGUCAUCGAGUUUCGCCAUAUAUAUGAGACUGAACAGAGUGGAAGGUCAAUGUUUGAUGAAGAGAUUGUAACAGAAGAAAACAUCAUGAUCUUGGAAGAAAUGGGCAAGCUAGCAGUGAAGUGUCUAAAAGAACAUCAAGAUGGCCGACCUGAGAUGGCAGAAGUAGCAGAGCAACUUGUGAAGCUUAGAAAGAAUACUAUGGAAGAUGAUCGGAGCUACUGA